CUCAAUUUUUGUCUCUCUCUGGAACCAGAGGAAAACUCCGUUGAAAUUUGGUGUCAGGGCACAGCACCAUAUGUACUGUUGUCUCUCGCCGGAGGAAAUUCGAGCUGGUUUUGGCGGGAACCCCUUUCUCUGUUCCGUCUGAAUUCACGACUAGCUGAAGCUUGAUUAUUGUGAUCGGAGAAGACAAAAGGGGGCAGCUGAAGUUUUGAAUCGGUGUGUGUAUCGAUUGUGGAGAGAGGGAAAGGAGGAGGAGGAGAUGGGUUUAUCGGACAAUUCGAUGGGAGUGCUAUUAGCUGUGGCGUCGAGUGCGUUUAUAGGGUCGAGCUUCAUUUUGAAGAAGAAAGGGCUGAAGCGUGCUGGUGCAAAUGGUACUCGCGCUGGAGUUGGGGGUUAUACCUAUUUACUGGAGCCACUUUGGUGGGCAGGCAUGGUAACAAUGAUUACGGGAGAGGUGGCAAAUUUCGUGGCUUAUGUUUAUGCUCCUGCUGUUCUUGUCACACCUCUUGGAGCACUGAGUAUUAUUAUCAGUGCUGUUCUCGCACACUUCAUGUUGAAGGAACGGAUUCAGAAAAUGGGUAUUGUAGGAUGUGUGUCCUGCAUUGUUGGAUCAGUUAUUAUUGUGAUUCAUGCGCCUCAAGAACAUACUCCAAAUUCUGUACAAGAAAUCUGGACUCUGGCAACUCAACCAGCAUUUCUAAUCUAUGUAGCAGCUGCUCUUUCAAUAGUUUUGGCUUUGGUUUUGCACUUUGAACCUCACUAUGGGCAGACAAACAUUCUGGUAUAUUUGGGAAUAUGUUCCUUAAUGGGUUCUCUUACGGUUGUAAGCAUAAAGGCCAUUGGAAUUGCUAUAAAACUUACACUGGAGGGGAUCAGUCAAUUAGCUUAUCCUCAGACUUGGUUCUUUUUUACAGUAGCUGCAAUUUGUGUCAUUACCCAGUUAAACUACCUCAAUAAGGCCUUGGAUACAUUCAAUGCAGCAAUAGUUUCUCCAGUGUAUUAUGUUAUGUUUACAACUCUGACUAUAAUUGCCAGUGCAAUAAUGUUCAAGGAUUGGUCUGGCCAAGAUAUCAGCAGUAUAGCUUCUGAGAUAUGUGGAUUCAUCACUGUGCUUUCUGGAACAAUCAUACUUCAUUCUACAAGAGAACAGGAACCUCCUCCUCCAGUAGGAACCGUAACGUGGUAUAUCAGUGGGGAUUCUAUAAAGAGUCCAGAGGAUGAUCAUUUGAUCACAAUACAUAGUUCAAGCUACUACGAGCCAUGAGCAUUAAUUCUAAGUUGGAUGUCAUAAUCUCCUUGUAUUGAGGCAGCCACAACCACUCCACAACCAGAGAGUGUAGAAUGGAAGCAAGAAGCUCAUUCUGUCUUUUGAUGAAAUUUGGUUGAGACCCGAAAUCAAAAUCAAUCAGUCCACCUUGCAUCAACUUGGGGAUCCAUAGGUUACUGCAGAAAGUGAUGAUCUGGUUGCAAGUGCCAUGACAGCCCAUGUGGGGUGUACAUAUCAUCCUUUUUUUUGAGUUGGAAGGUUUGUAUUGAUUUUGGGUUUUGUUGAUUCUUUUUGGUAUGUCAAUUCAUUCGAUUUCUGGUACGUACAGAAUUGUUCUCCCUUUUGGAUUUCAGUAAAAGCUGUUGAAAUUCUUUGGUGAAUUGGUGUAUACUUCUUGAUUUGAAGAAUCAGAUUCGAGAAUCGAACGCUUUCUUGGAUGUCCUACUUUUUAUUCUCGUUCCUUUAGGGUUGUUCAUUGGUGUCCUCUCUAAUUGCAUGAAUGGUUUGUUGGAUUCCUCUAUUCAAUCAAAAUAUAGUUAAUUGAGGUUC